AUGACCAGACGGUGGAUCUUUGCGUCGCAAGACAAAAGCUCCCGAACAACACUGCUCACGGCCCUGUUUUCCGACGAUGAUCUCUGUAGGACGUUUGGGUUCAACCAGUGUGUCGAAGAGUUUGAAGUGGCCAACCUUUUCUGCAUAUAUGGCAACCUGGUGCAGAGUUUUGGAUCUGUAAGUCUUCAACUCUAUGUCAAUGAACAAACUCUGGGCGAAUUUAUCCAAAGUUGGAUCUCUGCAAGCCACGUUCAUAGGCCGGGUGACGACAGGGACUGUCCUUGUUUUCCAUGGUUUCUCAGCAGACGCCUGACAGGCUUUGAUAUUCCACAUCAGGAAGGGUCCUACGCGUACCAGGUCUGUGCCAUGAUUGACCUCGAGCGAUACUUUUCUCCUGGAUCCGGUUUAUCUCAUUCUGAGAAGUCUGUCGCAUCCCUGUAUUCAGUCCUCCUCCGAGACUUUAACAAUAUCCCUGAUGCUAGCACCGCGGAGUGGAUCUUGUUCGGCUUUUGCAAUUGCACAAACACUUGGCACCGGGAGGCUCUUGCGGCAGCGUACCUUGAGCUCGCAAAGAACGAGACUCCACUUGAUCAGAUAGCCAAAGCUUGGGAGACUUCAUCGCUCCAGCAUCUAAUGAAGAGCCAAGGAAUUGAUAUUUCAUUACUUGACGCGGAUAUCGAUUAUUUUCAGCAACCUUCAGUCGACGAGGUCGGAAUAUAUCGUCUCAUGGCCGAGGUCAAGCACGCCCUCUCUGGCUCUUACUGCCUCUGCUUCCGGCCAGCGUGCAAAUUUCACUCGAAGUACGAGACACUACUAAGUAAGGAGUCGGAGGGCGACUAUGGCUUUCAUGGAGCAAAUACUUGGGAGCGAUGGCAGCUCUUGAACUUCUAUUCCCACGUAUUUUCGCAUCCUGACUUCGAUGCCCGCAAGAUGCAGGAAGCAAAACGAAAUCCCAACCUGGAGGCUUUGGAGGAAUAUCUAGACUCCCUUGUUCCGAAAUUCCGCCGCCAAAUCGGAAAUGAAUUUCUGGCCGACGCGAUGUUCCCUAAGCUGAAGGACAGGGUGACAUUUCCCCAUGGCCGGCCGCCAUGUGAAUGCAUCAUCCACACUACUCUCACCUCAGAAGGGCUGGAUUUCAGGUCUCUCCGGAGGAUUUCUUGGAUGCGCGGCAUGCUUAAGGACGACGAAAAUGGAGCAUCCGACAUCGAACGGGAGGAAGGCUAA